AUGGCUGUCAAUGUUUACUUAACAUCCUCAAGCAAUGAUAACCUGAGUCGACACAGCAUGCUGGCCUGGGUCAACGACUCUCUGCAGCUGGGCUAUACGAAGAUCGAGCAGCUGUGCUCAGGUGCAGCCUAUUGCCAGUUCAUGGACAUGCUCUUCCCUGGCUCCAUCGCACUGAAGAAGGUGAAGUUCCAGGCUAGACUGGAGCACGAGUACAUCCAGAACUUCAAGCUGCUUCAGGCGGCCUUCAAGAAGAUGGACGUGGACAAGGUCAUCGCGGUGGACAAGCUGACAAAGGGCAGAUUCCAGGACAACUUCGAGUUCCUGCAGUGGUUCAGGAAGUUCCAUGAGGCCAACUUCGACGGCAAGGCCUACGACCCGGUGGCCGCCCGCCAGGGGCAGGAGAUGUGUCCGCUGCCGGCCUCUCGCACCCCAGCCUUCCACCGGCCCAAGAAGACGGCCAGCACCCUGAGUGCGGCCACGGCGGGGGGGCAGUGUGCGGCGCCGAAGAGCACCGGAGGGGCAGCGGAGCGGACCAGCGCGGCAGGGAACGGCGACGCGCGCGUGAGGGAACUCGCCGAGCAGGUGAGGACCUUAAAGAGUGACCUGGUGGAGCUGGAGAAGGAACGGGACUUUUACUUUGGGAAGCUGAGGAACAUCGAGGUGAUCUGCCAGGAGAACCAACAGGCCGACAGCACGGUGAUCCAGCAGGUGGAGAAGGAGCUGUACUCCAGUGACGACACCUUCACCCCGCACGAGGCUGGGUGCCAACAGCCAGAGGAAGCAGAGGAAUAUUAA